AUGCUUCCGAGCUUGCAGCCGUCUAGACCAAAGCCUCCACAGCAGUCCCCACAGCCAACGUACGCGCAACAACAACAACGUGUCGCCCAUUCCUCACAGCAAAACAUAUCGCAGCCCUCAAGCCUCCCUCUAAACCCUCCAAAGCCGCGUUCCCAAGUCGAAGCCAUGCCGCCUUUUGGCCCUCCGCAAACACCCGCAUCAUUCUUCACGCCCGUAUACGACAGCGCAGUACGGCAUCCGGUCUUCUUCACUCAGAACUUGAAGAAACCCCCGUUUCCUCUACCACAAGUUGCGAGUCAAGGCUGUAACCCGGUGGCAAGCGGGUACAUCAUGGAGCAGAGGAGAGUAGAGACACCGGGUAGGACAAAGUUGUAA